UACAGCGCUGCGAUCUCCGGCAGCUUCUGCAGAAGCCCCUGAACCAAGACAAAUUAUUAUUCUUCAGAAAUACCAAAAAAUCCCCCAUUUGGAUGUUUUGCUGGCUGAGGGAAUUGACUGUUGUCAUCUUACCGAUUGCCGUCACAAAAGCCAAAGUGGAUUUCUCCAGUGUAGUGUGCCUGCCCCCUUCCGUCAUUGCUGUGAACGGGCUGGACGGAGGAGGGGCUGGCGAAAACGAUGAUGAAGCAGUGCUGGUGUCCCUGUCUGCGGCCCCCAGCCCCCAGAGUGAAGCUGUUGCCAAUGAACUGCAGGAGCUCUCCUUGCAGCCCGAGCUGACCCUAGGCCUCCACCCUGGCAGGAAUCCCAAUUUGCCUCCACUCAGUGAGCGCAAGAAUGUGCUGCAGUUGAAGCUCCAGCAGCGCCGGACGCGAGAAGAACUGGUGAGCCAAGGGAUCAUGCCACCUUUGAAAAGUCCAGCUGCGUUUCAUGAGCAGAGAAGGAGCUUGGAGAGGGCCAGGACAGAGGACUAUCUGAAACGGAAGAUUCGUUCCCGGCCGGAGAGAUCGGAGCUGGUCAGGAUGCAUAUUUUGGAAGAGACCUCGGCCGAGCCUUCCCUCCAGGCCAAGCAGCUAAAGCUGAAGAGAGCCAGACUGGCUGAUGAUCUCAACGAGAAGAUUGCACAGAGGCCGGGCCCCAUGGAGCUGGUUGAGAAGAACAUUCUGCCUGUGGAGUCCAGCUUGAAAGAAGCCAUCAUUGUGGGCCAGGUGAACUACCCGAAAGUAGCGGACAGCUCUUCCUUCGACGAGGACAGCAGCGACGCCUUAUCCCCUGAGCAGCCUGCCAGCCAUGAAUCCCAGGGCUCCGUGCCGUCGCCCUUGGAAGCCCGAGCCAGCGAGCCACUGCCCAGUGCCACCUCUGUAUCCCCUCCUCAGGUUGUGUCUCAACUCCCAUUGGGUCCGGAAUCCGGAGAAACACUUUUCCUGGCAGAGCAGCCGCCUCUGCCUGCCAGCCUCCCCAACGGAACCGCAGCCCCCGCGGCCAAGGCCACCCCGACGCUCAUUAAGCAAAGCCAACCCAAGUCUGCCAGCGAGAAGUCGCAGCGCAGCAAGAAAGCCAAGGAGCUGAAGCCAAAGGUGAAGAAGCUCAAGUACCACCAGUACAUCCCCCCGGACCAGAAGCAGGACAAGGGGGCGCCCCCCAUGGACUCGUCCUACGCACGGAUCCUGCAGCAGCAGCAGCUCUUCCUGCAGCUGCAGAUCCUCAACCAGCAACAGCAGCAGCACUACAACUACCAGACCAUCCUGCCCGCACCGCCCAAGCCCGCCGGCGAGGCCCCUGGAAGCGCCGGGGCCCCCCCAAUACGCAGCCUCUCCGCCCCCAGUAGCGGCUCCAGCUCAGGUGCUCCAGGGCCCGGCGGGCUGGCGCGGCAGAACAGCACCUCGCUGAGCGGCAAGCCGGGAGCCCUGCCCGCCAACCUGGAUGACAUGAAGGUGGCAGAGCUGAAGCAGGAGCUAAAGCUGAGGUCACUGCCCGUCUCAGGCACCAAGACAGACCUGAUCGAGCGUCUGCGUGCAUACCAGGAGCAAGUCGGCCCUGCCCCGGGAGCCCCCAAGGGCCCUGCCACCCCCUCCAUCCUGCCCAAGGCUGGGGAGGUAGUGGUCGCUUUCCCGGCUGCCCGCCUAAGCACGGGGCCUGCCCUGGUGGCCACAGGCCUGGCCCCAGCCGAGGUGGUGGUGGCCACGGUGACCGGCAACGGCGUGGUGAAGUUCGGCAGCACGGGCUCCACGCCCCCCGUGUCUCCCACCCCCUCGGAGCGCUCCCUGCUCAGCACCGGCGACGAGAACUCCACGCCCGGGGAUGCCUUCGGCGAGAUGGUGACCUCGCCGCUGACCCAGCUCACCCUGCAGGCCUCGCCGCUGCAGAUCCUGGUGAAGGAGGAGAGUCCCCGGGCUGGCUCCUGCUGCCUGAGCCCCGGGGUGCGGGCCGAGCUCGAGGGCCGGGACAAGGACCAGAUGCUGCAGGAGAAGGACAAGCAGAUCGAGGAGCUGACGCGCAUGCUGCGCCAGAAGCAGCAGCUCGUGGAGUGGCUGCGGCUGCAGCUGGAGCAGGAGAAGCGGGCCCAGCAGCCCGCCCCGGCCCCCAGCCCGCGGGGCACCCCCGUCAAGCAGGAGAACAGCUUCUCCAGCUGCCAGCUGAGCCGGCAGCCCCCGGGGCCCGUUCACCCCUUCAGCCCCGCUGCCCACCACGCAGACACUUGUCCCCCGGCGCCCCCGGCCGUGGUAGUGAAGCAAGAAGCCGCGCCACCGGAGCCCGAGCCAGCCCCUGCUCCGCAGCUGCUUCUGGGCCCCCAGGGCCCCGGCCUCAUCAAGGGGGUCCCGCCUCCCACCCUCGUCACUGACUCCGCAGGGACCCACCUUGUCCUCACCGUGACCAAUAAGAACGCGGACAGCCCCGGCCUGGCCAGCGGGAGCCCCCAGCAGCCCUCACCCCAGCCUGGUUCUCCAGCCCCUGGCCCGCCCGCCCAAAUGGACCUAGAGCAGCCAUCACAGCCCCUCUUUGGUACCUCUGCUUUACUGCUGAAGAAGGAGCCGCCCGGCUAUGAGGAAGCCGUGAGCCAGCAGCCCAGACAGCAGGUGAAGAAGGAGAACGGUUCCUCCAGCCAGCAGAUGGACGACCUGUUUGACAUUCUUAUUCAGAGCGGAGAAAUCUCAGCAGAUUUCAAGGAGCCACCACCCUCCCUAUCAGGGAAAGAGAAGCCCCCCUCAACCUGUGGGUCGCCCCUGGCCACACCGUCCCCACCCUCUGCCGAGCUCCCCCAGACGGCGCCGCCUCCUCCCUCGGGCUCACCCGCCCUCCCUGGGCGCCUGGAGGACUUCCUGGAGAGCAGCACGGGGCUGCCCCUGCUGACCGGUGGGCACGAGGGGCCUGAGCCCCUCUCCCUCAUCGACGACCUCCACAGCCAGAUGCUGAGCAGCUCUGCCAUCCUGGACCACCCCCCCUCUCCCAUGGACACCUCGGAAUUGCACUUUGCCCCUGAGCCCAGCGGUGUGGGCCUGGACCUGGCCGACGGCCACCUGGACAGCAUGGACUGGCUGGAGCUGUCUUCGGGCGGCCCCGUGCUCAGCCUGGCCCCGCUCGGCACCACCGCGCCCAGCCUCUUCUCCACGGACUUCCUUGACGGUCACGACUUGCAGCUCCACUGGGAUUCCUGCUUGUAGCUCUCGGGCUGUGGAGCCGGGCCGGGAGGGGCUGGAGUUGGGGAGCCUCGGGAACUCCUGGGAGCCCCACUCCCUCGGCCCGAUCCCGCCUCUGCGUGGUCACGAGUCCCGACAAUCACGAGCCCUGCUUUCCCCUCCCCGGGAGGCUGGAGCAGGUCGAGCCGCCGCCUGGCUCAGGCUCAGCAGGGAGGGACGCCGCCCGCGACCAGCUCUGGUGUCGGCCUGCGGUCAGGCGGCCGGGACAGGCCAGGGCCAUUCCGCCGACCUCCUGUGAGGCCGGAGGUGCAGUCUGGCCGCCGUGUGCUCGGGCACGUGAGGCCCGGGGUGGGUCUCCUUCCUUCUCUCCCCUCUUCCCUGUGAGGGAGAAACUAGCUGGGCCUCUACCUCCCCGUUCCCCGUGAUGCCAACCCCAGGGUCCCAGGCUUCCUGGGAGGGGAGCCCCUUGCCAUUUUAGUGUCUUGGUGUAGUGUAGCCCGUAGCGGCUGGUGGCGGGCGGUUCCUGUGCAGGUGUACAUAUCGCGCUACCCCCCCAUCGCCAUCCAUUCAUGUCCGUCUGUCCUGGGGGCAGGAGGGGGCUUGGCGCUCCCUCCCGUCCUGUGCCCCAUACAGAAGGGCCUGGAGACCACCGCUCCUCGCGUUGGACGCAGCUUACCUCAGCCCCGUCACGCGUGUUUGACAUGCAGACACCCUGCCACGGCCUGUGCCCCGCCUGUGUCCUGCUCCGUACUAGUGCCACGAGGGCAGAGGUGCUUCCUGGCCACCCACCCACAGUCCGUCCCGCUGCCUCACUGCAGCCACCGUGGCCCUGGGAUCGGAGGGGCAGCGGCCCUUAAGCUGUGGCCUCCUCUUGCCCUAGGGCCCAGCCUCCCUUCUGGCCGGUCACUGUCAUUAACGGGAUUAGGGAUGGAGCCCCAAACCAGGGCUGGGACAGAGGUUGGGAAGCUGUGUGGACUUUUUAAAAUAAAAUUAAAAAACACUGA